AUGGAACCGUUUAGAAAGUCUAUUAAUGAUUCUGGAGUAAAUUCCAAAUCUGAUGAUCAAGAAUUCAAUAGAGUUAUUAAACAAGAAUUAAUUGAAGAUAUAGACAAUAAUGAUGAUAAUCAAUUAUCACAAUUUGGAGCUAAAAGCGAAUUUGAAGGAGAUAUAAUCAAAAAUUAUACCAAAACAAAAAUUGAAAAGGAUUUGAACGAAGGCUAUGUAUUGGAAGGAACAGUAAAAACUGAAUUAAACUCUUCGGACCUAAUUUUUCAAUUGAAUUUUGACACGACAUCGAAAUCAAUUAACUCAAAAGCACUCUUAACAAGACGUCAAACUAUUCAUACCAGCCGAAGAAAAAACUUGUUUUUUUGUGACAAGGUUGUGACAAAGUCGUACUUUACUAAAUCAUUUUUGAUUAAACACUUAUUGCGUUGUACGGGAAAGCUCUAUAAAACUGAUGUACAUGAUGAAGGUGUUUUUCAACCAGGAGAUUUAAAAAGGCACAAAAGGACACAUAGUGGAGAUAAACCAUAUGAAUGUGAUUCCUGCAAUAAAGUGUAUUCUCGAACUGAAAAUUUAAAAAUUCAUAAAAAUACACAUACUGGAGUUAAGCCAUUUGAAUGUGAUAUCUGUCAGAAAAGGUUUACUGGAAAAGGAUAUUUAAAAAUACAUAAAAGGACACAUACUGGAUAUAAACCAUAUGAAUGUGAUUCCUGCGAUAAAAGGUUUUAUCAACCAGAAGAUUUAAAAAGGCACAAAAGGACACAUGGUGGAGAUAAACCAUAUGCAUGUGAUUGCUGCGAUAAAUUGUUUUCUCAAGCUGGAAAUUUAAAAGCGCAUAAAAGGACACAUACUGGUGAUAAACCAUGUAAAUGUGGUACCUGUGAUAAAGAGUUUUCUCAUGUAGGAAAUUUAACAUUGCAUUCAAGGUCACAUACUGGAGUUAAGCCAUUUGAAUGUGAUAUCUGUCAGAACAGGUUUUUUCUAAAAGGAAAUUUAAAAAAGCACAAGAGAACACAUAGUGGAGUUAAACCAUAUAAAUGUGAUAACUGUGAUAAAAGGUUUCCUCGAAAAGGAGAUUAA